AAGGAAUCCUGGCACCAAGGGGAAGGAAAGCUGAAGCAAUCAGAGGCCAAAGCUCUGAGCAGUUACCUCCCCUCACACAGGUCCAGCCACUGACUGCGCUCUGUGCGUAAAUGCGCACAGCCAAGAACCUCUCCAGGUGGACCGAGGCUCAACCUAUCAGUGGCUGGUGACUCUCACGCCCGGUUUUCACUGACCUGAGUCCGCUCCGACCCAGAUCUCCGGGUGACCCAUGAGGUUAGAGGCCGCAGCCAGGAUGGAUGUGUUCAGGAAGCUGUGGAGGGCGCGGAAACUGAUUGUAGUGGUGUUCAUCCCGCUUUCCCUGCUGCCCCUGCCGCUUAUCCACCCAACCAGCGAGGCAUGCUGUGCUUAUGUGUUGAUGGUGACCGCAGUCUACUGGGUGUCCGAGGCUGUUCCCCUUGGUGCUGCCGCCCUGGUCCCGGCUUUCCUCUAUCCCCUCUUUGGAGUUCUCAAGUCCAGCGAGGUAGCAUCAGAGUACUGUAAAGACACCACUCUGCUGCUGAUGGGAGUCAUCUGCCUGGCAGCCUCCAUAGAGAAGUGGAACCUGCACAAACGCAUCGCCCUGCGUAUGGUGAUGAUUGCAGGGGCCAAGCCUGGCAUGUUGGUGCUGGGCUUCAUGUGCUGCACGGUGUUCCUGUCCAUGUGGCUCAGCAACACAUCCACCACUGCCAUGGUGAUGCCCAUAGCAGAAGCCGUCCUUCAGCAGCUCAUCUGCACCGGUUUGGCUGACUCUCACGAUGACUCGGAAACAGAGGAUUCACCCGAGGAAGACAGUGCUAUUUCAACCAAAGAGGAGAACCUAGACAAAAACCAACUAGAGCUGCUCUAUCAAAAUGAACGGAAUGAAUGUGCCAAACAGGAGCUCUGUGCAUUCACUGAGGCGGGCGACAUGAACGGUUUUGGUCUUCAGCCCGUCCUGAACAAGACAUUUGUGAGACAAACCAACGGACACCUUCCACAAGUUGCCAUAGAGAUCCCAAACGUGAAGCGAGUAAAGGCCAGAAGAGACUCCCAGUACCCAACGAAGAGGGAUCACAUGAUCUGUAAAUGCCUGUCGCUAAGCAUCACCUACGCUGCGACCAUCGGAGGACUCAUCACCAUCACUGGCACAUCCACCAACCUCAUCUUUGCUGAACAGUUUAACACCCGAUAUCCAGAUGCGAAGGUGAUCAACUUUGGCACCUGGUUCAUCUUCAGCUUUCCUAUCGCCAUCAUCAUGCUGGUCCUCACUUGGCUCUGGCUGCACUUCCUCUUCCUUGGCUGCAACUUCAGGGAGACGUGCUCGCUGAGUAAGAAACGCAAAACCAGGAGGGAAAUGAUGUCAGAGCAGAGGAUCCAGGAAGAGUAUGCCAAGCUGGGGCCCAUCAGCUACCCAGAGGUGGUGACGGGUAUUUUCUUCAUCCUGAUGACUCUGCUGUGGUUCACCAGAGAGCCGGGCUUCGUCCCCGGCUGGACGUCGCUUUUUGAAAAGAAGGGCUACAGGACUGAUGCAACGGUUUCUGUCCUCCUGGGCUUCCUGCUCUUCCUCAUUCCUGCCAGACGUCCCUUCUCCUCAUCCUCCCCCCGCUGUACAAACUCAGAUGACGAGUCGGAGUCUGACCCACUUGCCCCCAUGAUCACUUGGAAAGAUUUUCAGAGACUAAUGCCAUGGGAGAUUGUAAUCCUGGUUGGAGGAGGAUAUGCUCUUGCAGCUGGAUGCAAGGUGUCAGGCUUGUCAGUGUGGAUCGGCAGACAGCUGGAGCCUAUGAGUGGUCUUCCUCCCUGGGCAGUCACCCUCCUGGCCUGCCUCCUGGUGUCAGCGGUCACAGAGUUUGCCUCCAACCCAGCAACUCUUACUGUCUUCCUUCCCAUCCUAUCAGCUCUGUCGGAGACCCUGCUAAUCAACCCCCUCCACACUCUGAUCCCGUCCACCAUGUGCGUGUCAUUUGGGGUCAUGCUUCCAGUGGGGAACCCCCCCAACGCCAUCGUCUUCAGUUACGGCCACGUGCAGAUUAGCGACAUGGUGAAAGCAGGUUUUGGAGUGAACCUGAUCGGUGUUGCCGUGGUUAUGUUAGCCAUCACCACUUGGGGGGUCCCGCUCUUCAACCUGACUGAGUUCCCCGCCUGGGCAGUGGCUAGGAACGUCACAGGAGGCUUAUAACCAAAGCCGACAUAAAGGGGGGUAAAAUCUUUCAGCGACAGACAGAAGAAGAGGAGUUUCUGUAAGGAAGACAACAUGAACAUGAUUGAGUCCGGAGGAUUGUCUUCCCCACAAUGACACUUGACAGAACGUGCCUCCUAUGAAAGGACGACAAGAGAAAAUGGUGGAAGACCUGGUUAGAUGCUUGGAUAGAAUAUUAGCUUCAGUUUAAGUUAGCCAUAUAAUGGCAAAACAUUUGAUGAAUGUCACUCUGGGGAAAAACUGAACUUCUACAAUAAUUUAACUUUACCUCUGUUGCCACAAUUAUGCUGAUUCUCUUUUCACAGGAUCAAUAAAAAUCUGAAACAUAAUUUUAGUAUAAAAAAGAAGCUCGUACACUAUUAAUAGUUUUAAAAUCUACUCUAAAGAGGUUUUUACAAACUGUGCCUUCACUCCUGUACUCUUAUAGUAACUUUUUGAUAUAAAUCAGCUAUUUAGCAACUGCUCAGAAACCUCUUUUUGUUUCCCUUAUAUUUUUUGCAUGUAAGCCUGGAAGACUGUUCAGUUUUUCAAUUGGAUUAGUGUUUAAUCACUCAGUGUUAAUAGAAAUGGUUUUUGUUUUUCUUUUAAGAAAAGGUCCCUACUAUGGCCAUAGAUGUGCUGUAAAAAGAAACAGUUUAACUUUAUGUUAAGAUAAGGAAAAAAUGGGUCUUAUUUCCAGCUGGGUGUAUCAGAAACAGGUGGGUAACUAAUUGGAUUUUUUUUUUAGGGAUCAUGGAAUAAAUAUGUCGUAAUUGUCAUUUGUGAUACAUAAAAACUUAUAAUUACUUCCAAAAGUAUGCAUUCUUUGUAAUAUUUUUCACCUAUAGACGUUGCAAUUUUUUCACCUGUGCAAUGCAUGCUGGGUAAAUGAUAUGGUAAGGUCCUAAACAGUAAACACA